GGAGCCAAGAUACAAGAUACAACAAUCCUCACCUGGUGCAAUGGCUGAGAAAUACGCAGCACUUCUUUUGGAAUCUAUAAAGUCUGAAGAUCUGGUCCGAGCAAAGGAUCUACUGGAGAGUGGGGCUGAUCCCAACCACCUUCUACGCGAGGAUGCUACACCGUUCCACCUCGCCGUUGGUACAGACUCUGACCAUGCACUGGACUUUGUCCGGCUAAUGCUGUGUCACAGUGCUGACCCUAAUGUCAGGUCAUCUGAGGGACUGACGCCCUUGCAUGUUAGCGCCAUCUGGGGAAAACAAGAGGUGCUUCACCUCUUGCUUGCCAAUGGUGCAGAUCCGUUCCUCAUGGACGAGGAUGGUGAUGAUGCCCUUGACCUCGCACGGCAAAAUGGCGACCCGGUGUGUAUUGCCCACCUAAAGCAGGCCCAGGAGGAGGUGAAAAGCAGUCAGCAGGAGGACGGAGAGAAUGACUACACGUUGGAACUGAGGAAUCUGACUGUCUUGGACAGACGAUUCUUCCCAAGUCUCAGUCAGUCAGCGUUCGUUUCCGCAGCCAACGCAGGGGACGAGACACUCCCAGACACCAGCUGGAGCAUGUAUCGAGACAGCAGCGCCUCAUACCAUGUCCCUUGGCGGGACAUCAGUGCCUCGCACCCCGAUCCCAGUCGAGACAUCAGUGCCUUGCACCACGCCCCCUGUCGAGACACCAGUGCCUCGCACAACGGCCCCUGUCGAGACACCAGAGCCUCGCACAACGGCCCCUGUAGAGCCCCCAGUGCCUCGCACCACGCCCCCUGUAGAGACACCAGUGCCUCACACAACGGCCCCUGUAGAGACACCAGUGCCUCGCACCACGACCCCUGCCGAGACAGCAGAGCCACCUACGACCUGCUUCGUGAUGCCAGCGCCACCUACGGCCCGCGUCAUGAGGCCAGCGCCACCUAUGACCAUCUUCAAGACACGAGCACCUCACACCACGACCCCUGUCGAGACACCAGUUGGAGCAUGUAUCAAGAUGCCAGCGCCAUCUAUCCCGAUGCUCGGCGGAAAUCACUUCGCUCCUGGGACCAGGCAACGCACUACAUCGACGCGACGUCGCCCGACCAUGUCGUCCUCCACCAGAGGGCGCCGGCGGGGUCGCCCGUGUUGAGCGACGUGACGGCAAGCUUCCACACGGCACACGACAGCCUCGGUAGCGGUGACCUUGGCAACAGUGACCUUGGCAACAGUGACCUUUGCAGUGGCAACCUUGGCAGUGGCGACCUUGGCAGUGGCGACCUUGUCGCAAACAUGCGUGAGCUCAACUUGUCAGACACGCGGCCGGGCGGUGGCGCGAUCGCUCCCACAGUUCGUGGAGAGACGAGUCCAGGAAAGGCGGUCGGUCGGGUCAUCGGUGGCGCCCCCUGGCAAGCAUUCGAGACUGCGGGGGAAACGCCGACGCGGCCAGAAGCGGACAGCGACUCGAUCGCGCAUCGUAACAUGCGGCAGGCGUGGACGAACGAAGGCGGAACUGGGUACGAAGCGAAGAGGAGUGUGCUGCGUGGAGGAGACGAAGCGGCCGCGACCGGAGGAGGAGGAGGCGAGGAGAACUGGUGGUCGUCGCGGUUCCUUCCCGGGGGGCUCCCCACCGCGUUCACCGACAGCAUGAUGACGGAUGACCUCUCGUCGACCUCGGGGUCACGUGGCGGGGUCGCGGCGGAGGACGAGGUCGUCUCGGAGUACCUGUACACGGACGCGGGCGAGGGCGUCUCGCUGGUCGAGCGACGCUGCCCGGCAGCCGCGGCGUGCGGGGGCAGGGACGCGUCGAGCCAGCGAGACGACAGCACCUUCGCAGCUUCCGGCACGCAGUCGGAAGGUGAAGCCGAAACCACGACGGCGGCGACGUCGUGCGACUGGCGGGACUACGAGACGGCGACGGAUUGCGACGUCGACGAGGAGACGCACGCCGGCGCCCCCGCGUUACGCUCGGCUCGUCCACCCGACGCACCGCUCGCGACGACAACAUCCGUCCUCAACGGCGCCCCCUCCCGGAGGGACGAUCGGGUAAUGGGGCCCCCCGCCUCUGCAUCUGUGCUGUCAGAUGCAUCCCGGCUCUCCGACGUGUUAUCGGAGAUAUCCCGGGUGUCGGUGCCGUCCUGCCUGCAGCAGCUGAGCGACUCAAGAUUGCACGCAGCGCUGAGGGAGCAGCACGACGAUCCGGGACCGGUGACGGCGUCGACGCGGUGCGUCUACCUGCGGCGGCUUGCGCGGCUCUACAGACGCCCCAGUCUCCCGCGGAGGGGCCACACAGAUCAGUAUUGUUCGGAGGUACAGAAGGCGAUAUCGGGCAAGUUUCCGAUGGCAAGCUUUGCGGAGCGGGAACGGUUAAUGUGCCAGGCAUUCAGCCAGGCUGACCCGAACCGCAAGUGGCGAGAAGGCAACCUCAAGUCCUCAUUCAACUACCUCCUGUUAGAUCCGCGCGUGACAGACAACCUUCCAUUACGCUGCGCCGCGAUGUCGGACGCCGAGUGCUCGGCCGCAUUCUUCGCCGCCGUCUUCUACGUCGGCAAGGGCAAGAGGUCGCGUCCCUACAGCCACUUCUACGAGGCUCUCCGGCCGACGGCGACAGCGAAAAAGAAAAAGACGCUGGGUAGGAAGCUGCAGCACAUCCGUGACAUCUGGAGCGAGGGUCUCGGUGUCGUCUCCCUGCACUGCUUCCAGAACGUCAUCCCUGUCGAGGCGUACACGCGCGAAGCCUGCAUGAUCGAAGCCCUCGGGUUGGGUCACCUGACAAACCAGAAGAAGGGGGAUUUCUACAGCAUUGCCUCGACAUGGUCCAUCGGUGAGAAGCGACAGAUGGGAGCCUACCUUCUCCUCAGAGCUCGCAACAUCUUUCUCAGUGAGGGAGAGCGGCAGAUACGACCGGCUGACAUCUGAGCAUCUGCAAGUUUAACGAUCACCCACCAGUAUGUCUUACAGUAAAGGUAACCACAGCAGUCACACUCAUCAUGAUCGUAACCAUGGUAAAAUCGUGUGUACCUUGGUGGUAACCGUGGUAACCAUGUAAUCACAGUCACCGUGAUGUUAACUGUGGUAUCCACAGGCAUUGUGCUAAUAUCACGGUCGAGCAAGUCUGAUAGAAUCCUGCACUUCCAUUAUAUAUGGUGUACCUUGCAUGAUCUAAGAUGUCUAAUCAAAGACCUCGCAACGAAAUGCCUAAAUGGUAGUUGCUUUAGCAUGGUGGUAGUGCUAUAGGGGCAAAGCAAGUUUUGUUGAAGGUUAUACAUCGAAAUUUAUUGAAACAAAAAUUUGUUAUAGUUAUAGUUAGAUAAUUUACUGCGAGAAAAUAGUUAUAGAUAUAGACAAGAGCGUAUAAAGAA